GUAACACGUAACGCAUUACUGCCCAUCUCUGCAUGUAACUGUUCAUUGUUUCUGUUCAGUAAAUGAUAGAAUGAGUGAAUUAUUGUAACUAACGAUGUCGCUCCUCAGUUUAACAGCGCAGUGGAUUGAUGAGGAGUUUGUUUGUCAUCAAGUAACACUACAUGCAAAGUCGUUCAGGGGCUCGCACACCAGCCAAACCUGCAAUGGUUUCGAUAGCAUGCUUCAAACCUGGGAUAUACCAAAGAUGUCCGUCCACGUAGUGCUCCGGGACAACGCAAGAAAUAUGAUAAAGGCCAUGAGUGAUGCUGAGCUGCCCAGCCUACCUUGUACUGCUCACACUCUCCAGUUGGUUGUUCAUGAGGGCCUUCUGUCACUGAAGAGUGUUGCUGAUGCGGUGGCAGUUGGCUGCAAAAUAGUUGGACAUUUUAAACAUUCUGCUCUAGCCAUCUCCCGUCUCGAGGACAUUCAAUUACAGAUCAACCAUCCCGUGAAGCAGCUCCAGCAAGGCGUUCAGACCCGCUGGAACAGCACCUUUUAUAUGAUACAGUCAUUGAUCGAGCAGAAACGGGCUCUGGGAAUAUUUGUGUCUGAAUAUGGACUCCCUGAUACUCUCACAGCUCACCAGUGGACACUGCUGGAGAAGGUGAUAUCUGUUCUGGGUCCAUUCGAGGAGUUAACUCGAAAAGUCAGCUCUUCAGAUGCCAUGGCUGCAGACGUCAUUCCAGCCGUCACUGUGCUCCACAGAUUUCUAACAAGGGAGACUAAUGACGACCAUGGGAUCAAAGCAAUGAAGGGAACCUUGGCUGCAGUUGUCAGGACGCGGUUCACUGACGUGGAGGAAAACCCACUCUAUAGCAUCGCCACGCUACUCGAUCCCAGAUAUAAAAACCAUUUUUCUCCAGCACCACAACUGCUGCAAAUGCCAAGGAGAUGCUAAAACUUGAGCUGCUAAGGUUGCCUGGAGACAAGCAGGAGGAUCAACACCUGAAUGAACCACCUUCAAGAAAAGCACGCAGUGACCAGCCCACAACUAGUCUGGACAGCAUGUUUGAUGAAAUUGCAGAUGAGCAGGCAUCAGCAUCGGUGGGCAGAGCUGCGGAGGCGCUGAAAGGUUUCCCUAAUAGUUCCUGGUGAAUCAAAGCAGAACCAUAAAGGUUGCUGGACUGCAUGAUGGCCUUACCCCUGAGCAGUCAUCCUGUUAAAGGAGGAACCAGUUAGAAGCUGUUUUCAAAGCAGCUGAGCAGAUUUCAUCUCAAUAGAUCAAAGCAGCUCGUGCUCUGUCUGCUUCCAUUCUGAUGGCAAGAAGAAGAAGAAGAAUGCUUCAGCGAAGUGGCGUUCAUGGUCUCAGUGGACAGUCAUGGUCACACACUGCAUGUGGUUUUAAAAGCAACAUGUCUGUUCACCACAACAAUGGAGAUGUGUAAUAUUAGUGCAGCUACGGUUUGUUCUUGAACAUCAGUUCUGUUUUCUACUUUGACCACUUAGACCAAAAAAGUGUUGUUUUCAGAUUCUUUCUUUUAAAUCUAUAAAGCACCUGUUCAUUUUUAUUACAAUUAGUUUCACAUAAAUGUUAGUGUUUCCUUUAUGGUCUUUUAAUGCUUACACUAGACUGUACAUGUCUACAUUAGAGACAUUUCUGUUACCUAUGUAUGAGACUGGGCUGCUUGACUACGAUUUGGAAGUGGAUGCAAAAUCACACAGAUCGUGCUAUUGUUUGUUUUUUAAUAUGAUGGACUGAACACAGGAGGUAUCUGACUAAGCAAAGAUUAAUCUGAGCCCAUUUCUACCUGUCUCUACUGUUUCAACUGUACCUGUCAGGAUAUAUAU